AUGUCGAGGUUUGCGGCACUCUUUAAGUUUGAUAACGAGGAGGAGGCGAUGGCAGCGUUGAGAUAUAUACGAGCCCGCUACACGGUGAAGGAGUCUAGAUCGUACGAGAUCACCGAGGUGGUCUCCAAUUAUACUCCAGCGGGUUUGAUGGCGGCAGUAAUGCGCUGUGAGACAACGCAGAGAUAUGACGUGCAACUCUGCAGAAAAAGAAAACCUACAGCGGUAGUAAGUGGAAUUCAAGCUGUCCGGCGGAGAUUUACGCCUCCGCCGGCACCGCUGCCGCUUGCAGCAACCGCGCCGUCACCGCUGGGGUCAGAUCCACCGCUGUCGCCGAUGCUGCUCUAUCCACCAGCUCCACUGUCGCCACAGCCGUCGACAUCAUGGUACACCCCGCCGCCACCGCCGCCUCUACCACUCACGCCGCAGCCGUCGCGGUAUACCCCGCUGACACCUCAACCACUCACGCCGCAGCCGUCGACAUCAUGGUACACCCCGCCGCCACCGCCGCCUCUACCACUCACGCCGCAGCCGUCGCGGUAUACCCCGCUGACACCUCAACCACUCACGCCGCAGCCGUCGACAUCAUGGUACACCCCGCCGCCACCGCCGCCUCUACCACUCACGCCACAGCCGUCGACAUCAUGGUACACCCCACCGCCACCGCCGCCUCUACCACUCACGCCGCAGCCGUCGCGGUAUACCCCGCUGACACCUCAACCACUCACGCCGCAGCCGUCGCGGCAAACCCCGCCGCCACCAGAAAUUAUUAAUAUUUCCUCUGACGAAGAUAGUCUAGAUGGACUAUUAGCUGAAGCUUCAGCUAGUCGGUCCACCCUAACCACCGAGCAUAAAAGAGCCGAGCAGUUCUGUGGAUCGGCACACAACGAUCCGCAGAGUGUCAAGCGACACAUGGAUUUUUUAGAGUGCACCAUAUGCCAUGAGGCAUACUUCUUAACAGAGGAAUCCUUAGCGAGGCACCAGCAAAUGUGUCUUGCUACCAAAGGGUACACAAGCCGAUUCCGAAAAUUACGACGACAACGACGACGCAGCCCUGGUAAUCCACCUCCGGCCAAACAAUCAAAAGGAGUAAGGAGUCGUAGCAGCAGCAGCAGCAGCAGCAGCAGCAGUCCACAACGCAGCAGUCUACAACGCAGCAGUCUACAGCGCAGUAGCAGUCUACAACGCAGUAGCAGUCCACAACGCAGUAGCAGUCUUCAACGCAGUAGCAGUUCACAGCGCAGUCCACAACACAGCAGUUCACAACGGAAUAGCAGUCUUCAACGCAGUAGCAGUUCAAAAUACAACAACAGUGCUCAACGCUUACAACAUAGCAGCAGUAGUAUACCAUCUCCAAAGCUGAAAUGGCAUCUCAAACGUGGUCUUCUAAGCUGUCGUGACUAUACGAUUGACAACCCGGACAACUACUACAAAGACUCAAAGGAAUUCCUAGCAUCGGCUCUUCCUCUGGUUGAAAAACUACUGCGUGAGGAGCUGAAGACAACGCAUAGCCUAAAAUUUAAUUUGGUGUUGCUGUCCUACUUCAACCAUCUACACGAAGGCAUCCUAGAGGAAUUCAACUUUAAAACCACAACUAGGGCUAUCUACGGGGGCUCUGACGAUCUUGAGGAUAUGCUGGCGCAGGAUGGUGCGAAGCUGCUUGCGGAACAGUCCGAGUUUGAGGGCAAAGGUAGCGGCUGGAGUCUGGAUCAUCCGUCUAGCUUAACUAUAAGACGGUCUUUGACCAAACUGAGUUACCGUCACGGGAUGCAUUUUUUGACCGCUUGA